AUGCAGGGACGGAGGGAGGAGCAGGUGGCUGGCCCCGAGGGGUCGUGGUCUUCAAGAAGUCGAGCCCUAACUGCAAGCUCCCCACUUCCUGUGACAGCUAAGAGCCGACUUCCUUCCCUCCUGAAGCCCCUUGCCGCAGAGGCUGCUCAGCCUGAGCCAGCCACAGGCUGGGUGGGGCAGGCCCGGGUCCCCAAGCAGAUCACAGAGGAGGUGGCCAGAAGCAAGCCAUGUGCCUGUAGCCCUCCUAGGGCCCAACCCAAGCUCACCGUGUACUUGGGCAAGCGGGACUUCGUAGAUCACCUGGACAAGGUGGACCCUGUAGAUGGCGUGGUGCUUGUGGACCCUGACUACCUGAAGGACCGCAAAGUGUUUGUGACCCUCACCUGCGCCUUCCGCUAUGGCCGUGAAGACCUGGAUGUGCUGGGCUUGUCCUUCCGUAAAGACCUGUUCAUCGCCACUUACCAGGCCUUCCCCCCGGUGCCCAACCCGCCCCGGCCCGCCACCCGUCUGCAGGACCGGCUGCUGAGGAAGCUUGGCCAGCAUGCACACCCCUUCUUCUUCACCAUACCCCAGAAUCUUCCAUGCUCUGUCACACUGCAGCCAGGACCAGAGGACACAGGGAAGGCCUGCGGCGUAGACUUUGAGAUUCGAGCCUUCUGUGCUAAAUCACUAGAGGAGAAAAGCCACAAAAGGAACUCUGUGCGGCUGGUGAUCCGAAAGGUGCAGUUUGCCCCAGAGAAACCCGGCCCCCAGCCUUCAGCAGAAACCACACGCCACUUCCUCAUGUCUGACCGGUCCCUGCACCUCGAGGCUUCCCUGGACAAGGAGCUGUACUACCAUGGGGAGCCCCUCAAUGUAAAUGUCCACGUCACCAACAACUCCACCAAGACCGUCAAGAAGAUCAAAGUCUCUGUGAGACAGUACGCCGACAUCUGCCUCUUCAGCACCGCCCAGUACAAGUGUCCUGUGGCUCAACUCGAACAAGAUGACCAGGUAUCUCCCAGCUCCACGUUCUGUAAGGUGUACACCAUCACCCCGCUGCUCAGUGACAACCGGGAGAAGCGGGGUCUCGCCCUGGAUGGGAAACUCAAACACGAGGACACCAACCUGGCUUCUAGCACCAUCGUGAAGGAGGGUGCCAACAAGGAGGUGCUGGGAAUCCUGGUGUCCUACAGGGUCAAGGUGAAGCUGGUGGUGUCUCGAGGCGGGGAUGUCUCUGUGGAGCUGCCUUUUGUUCUUAUGCACCCCAAGCCCCACGACCACACCCCCCUCCCCAGACCCCAGUCAGCCGCUCCGGAGACAGACGUCCCUGUGGACACCAACCUCAUUGAAUUUGAUACCAACUAUGCCACAGAUGAUGACAUUGUGUUUGAGGACUUUGCCCGGCUUCGGCUGAAGGGGAUGAAGGAUGACGACUAUGAUGACCAACUCUGCUAGGAAGCAGGGCAGGAAGAAGGGAGGGGAUGGGGUUGGAAGAGGUGAAGACAGGACCAAGAUCCCCACUAUCACUGGGGGAUUGUCCCAGCCUCUCUUCCCUUCCCCUCCACCUGGAAGCUUCUUCAACCAACCCCUUCACUCUCCCCCGCACCCCCCACCAUGAUACGCACUGGACCCUCUCUUGCUGAAUGUGGGCAUUAAUUUUUUGACUGCAGCUUUGCUUCUCCAGCCCCGCAGUGGGUGGCAAGCUGUGUUCAUCCCUAAAUUUUCUGGAAGGGGACAGUAAAAAGAGGAGUGACAGGAGGGAAAGAGGGAGACAAAACUCCCACUCAACCUCACACAAACACCUCCCAUGAUCACUCUGUCUGCCCCCAUUCCUUCACGAGGAGACCCUUUGUGGACAAGGCUGUUUCUUUGUUUCUGAGCAUAAAGAAAAAAAUAAAUCUUUUACUAAGCAUGA